AGUCCGGAACUGGCCCAAGCUAACUCCAUCCACAUAUCAAACCUACAACAAAAUGCAGCAGUAGUACUUAAUGCUAACUCAUUAAAAUUCGAUUAGCGCAAGCUUAGGGUCCUCCUCCCCUGAAGCUACAGCUUCUUCUCUCGCGGCUCGCCAAGAACAACAAUUAAUUAACAAUGCCAUUAGCUAGCUAGCUAGCUAGCUAGCUAAAUCCCCUCUCCGAUCCGAUUCCGAUCCAUCUCUAACCUCUCGACUCGAUCCAGCAAGGUUGAUCAAGAUCCAUCAAUGGGGCACAAGCAGCUGUUCGUGGACGACCCGUUCGCGAGCAGCAUCUCGUCUCUGGAGGCGGAGGCCAUCUUCUCCGGCGCCGGCGGGCAGUGGCGCGCCGGCGGCGGCCUCGACGACCGUGACCUCUCCGCCAUGCCGGCGGCGGCCAACACCUCGUCGGGCGGCUCCGGCUCUCCCGGCGGCGGCGGCAGGAAGAUGAGCCACAACGCGUACGAGCGCGACCGCCGCAAGCAGCUCAACGAGCUCUACUCCUCCCUCCGCUCCCUCCUCCCCGACGCCGACCACACCAAGAAGCUGAGCAUCCCGAUCACAGUGUCGCGGGUGCUAAAGUACAUCCCGGAGCUGCAGAAGGAAGUGGACGGGCUGGAGAGGAAGAAGGAGGAGCUGACGCGCGCCAACUGCAAGCCCGGGGUGAUCGCCAUGAAGGACCAGAACGUUGCUCCCGUCGUCUCCGCGACCUGCCUCGACGACAAGGACAUCAUGGUUCAGGUCAGCUUGCUCAGCGGCAUGGCGGCGGCGGCUCUGCCGAUGUCCACGUGCAUAAAGAUUCUGGAGAACGAAGGUCUUCGCCUCGUCAGCUCGUCCACUUCUGCCUUUGGGAACAGGACGUUCUAUAACCUCCAUCUUCAGAGAAACCAGCGAACGAUGAGCAAGGAGUGCCCAGCGUUCUGUGACGAGCUGGAGAAAGCCAUCAAGAAAAAGGCAGGACUGCAUAUGCAUCAGUGAUAUAUAGAUUUGCGGAUUAUAGAUUGGACGGUGCCUAAUUAACUACUACCAUGAAUCAAAAUCCAUGCCAUAGAUAUAGGAUGAGAUAAACAGUGCUGCUAGAUGAUAUGGUGUAUCUGUAGCGUGUGUCCCUCGGAUUCAUAACAAGUGUCGUUGAUUUAGUACAAAGUUGUAAUAGAGUUGUACCAAAUGAGCGACACUUAAUAUGCAUCAGAAAUAGUAUUAUAUUA